AUGCAUCAAGUGGUCUCGGUGGCGGAGAUCUUCCUAGCGAUCUGUCAGUACGUCCACGACGACGACGAUUACCCAUCCCUCGCUGUGUUGGCACGGUCGUGCAGAACAUUUUACCCCAUCGCAGUUGAAGUGCUCUGGCGGUGCUUGGAAAACAUGAUCCCCAUAUUCCGCCUACUGCCGGCCGAUGCGUGGAGGUUCAAAGAACAUAGUUUACCGUUCCCGUCGAACGGAACCAUCAGAGUCUAUGAUUUACAACGACGCCUCAAUGCUAGCGACUUCACCGCAAUCAUGCAAUAUGCCCCGCUGGUGAAGCAGAUCGGAUUCCGUCGAGGCAGCAGACAGUAUUCUCAAUGGCUGCGAUACGAGACCGAUAUGAUCCCGUCGCGCGCACUGAACGCCCUGGUCAAGUCACUUCCAGCCCCUACAUUGUUCCCCUCCAUCCACACCCUGGACUGGUCAUUCCGAUCCUUGCACAUAUGUCGCCAAGAUUAUGACGACGAGCGUGCUGAAACUACGUGGGACAAUGCCUGCCUAUGCAUUGGCCCACAGCUGAGAAAGGUUGUCGUAGACGCAAUGCUUUACGAUGACGAAGACGAAGUCUCAGAACAGUCUCUAACGAAUUUCCUGACAAGGAUUGGGAACAACUGUCCUCAGCUCACUGAGAUAGACAUCAAGGUCUCCCCCGAUAUAUCCGACCUCGUUUUCCCUGUUACAGAGUGGGUUUCCUCACUGAAAAAUCGCUUGGCGAGGCUCAGAAGACUAUGCUGCAACGAGAUCCCUUUGACUGAAAGCGCACUAUGCCAUCUCGGUGGCUCCACCACGCUCACUGAGUUGAAUUUCGCUCUGACUGCCUCCGCUGCCGAGUACUGGAUAGGAGCAGCUUUGCAGUCCAGCAUUCAGGCUAAUUUUCCCGUGCUCCGCCAGCUGCACAUCUUCACCGAAGAUUCCACCGCGCUUCUCAGGUUCAUGGAGCACACAGGGUUUCCCCAAGCAGAGACCAUCUCUGUCUACUCACUUGAAUCCAGCGAUGGCUCCGGAAUUACUACCCUAUUCAAUUCCGUUCAACUGCGGCUCUCUCCAUUGAAAGUGACGGACCUCGACAUAGAGCUAGGGGACUCUUCAGAAGUCAGUCAGGAUCAGGAAGACAUUCUUGCCCGUGAAUGUAUUGUCCGCCCACAUCAUCUCCACACAUUGCUCGCAUUCCGUCAACUGAGACGGCUACAUCUAUGUGGAAACUGGUCGGUAGACUAUGACGACGCGCUUAUGGAGCAAUUGGCGGUCGCAUGGCCACAAAUUGAAGAUUUGGGUCUCACCUCAAGAUCAUAUCCUUGGGGGGCCGACGAGGUACAGACAUCGUGGCGAUCUCUCCAGUCCUUCGCCACCCAUUGCCCACGUCUAGAGAAAUUGGAGAUUCCAUUCAUGGCGAGCGGUUACACAGGUCCUCCCGCGACAACGAACUCUCCGGCGCAGCCCCAGCUCCCCAAGAUUGACAGACUCAAAGUUUCGUGGAUAAUCAUUGACGGUCCCGUGUCCGAGGCUGCCGCGUUCUUGGAAGAGAUCCUUCCCAACCUCAAAAUGUUCGAUUUGGGUGAAUACAACGACGCUGAGCAAAAAAGGCGAUGGUACAAUGUCAGGAAGCAAUACUACCCGAUGUUCAAGGACUAUGCUUUUCCCAAGUUUGUCGCCCUGCUUUAUAUAGGCGGCAUGGAGCAUAACGGCGCUCGGCACCUUGGGGUGAAGUGCACUGAUUCCUCAGAGGUUGUUCGCGGCAGCCAUAUGAAGUAA